CACAAGCUUCUACCAAUAAGUCUCUCUUUCUCAUCUUCUCCACAGCCCCGCCUCUCGUGAUGGAGAUGAGAAAGGUUGCCUGUGCCGUCCUCGUCGUCGCCGCCUCGGCAACCGGCGCCCUCGCCGCCGAGGCGCCGGCUCCUGGCCCCGCCAGCGCGUCCUUCGCGGUCACCCCCGCUGUUGGAGCCGCCAUUGGGGCCUCCGUGCUCUCCUUCUUCGCCUUCUACUUGCAGUAACCUUUGACGAGAAAGAGAGUAUCGAUAAU